GUGGUGGUGGUGGUGGUGGUGGUAGUGGAAGAGGACUAGUGGGCCUGGCAUGUGCUGCCGUGCUCCUGUGUUCGAUUCUGUGCGCUGCGUGUGUGUUGGUGACCGUUUACUUCCUGCUAGCUGACAUGGAGAGCCAGAUCGAGCAGCGAGUCCUGCAUAGGAUUGAAGCUUCCAAGACGUCACACGACGCAGCUUUGUCCGACCAGAGAGCUCUUGUGUUUGGAGGAGAGGGACUGGAACCUAUUCCAUCCGCGCAAAAGUGGAAGAGGAGCGCUGAGAUUGUUCCUGAGAAAAAGAAAGGCCAGCGCAAGAAGAAUCGAAAGGGUGGAAAGGGACGCAGACACCGUAAAGGUCGGAAGAAGGGCAAAGGUCGAGGCCGCAAAGGUCAGGGUCGCAGAGGUCGAGGUCAAGGUCACCACCGUGAGCGCAGGCAGACAACAGUAAGGUCACCCACCACCACCACCACCACUACCACCUUCUCCACCACCACCACACCUUCUUCACCUUCUCACAAUAACACUUCUACUCCUUCUUCCUAUGGAAGAGGCCUGAAGGACUCCCCCUCGUGAAUGCCCAAGGUAUUAGCCUAGAGUACAGCACUGUGCCCAGAACUGAUCUUGUGUCUGGCAUCAGCGUGACGUCACCUGGGCUCUAUCUGAUCCACAGUCAGGUGCUUGUGGCAGGCAGACAGGCGGGGAACGCGUUUAUUGACUGCGCCCACCAGACAUUUGUGCACUCCGGCCGAACUGGGGAGAUAAAAAGCGUUGCAAAGAGCCUGGUUACUCAGCAUAACUUGGGUCGGUCUUUCCACCACGGUUUUGAUGCGGAGAAGUACGCCCUGGACAGUGCCUCCCACAGCCGUCUUAUCUUCCUGAAUCCCAACGACAUCGUGCGUGUGGGGGUUCACCAACACUGCAGCCACUACUGGUACAAGCAGAGUGACGUCGCCGCCUACUUCGAAAUUGUGAAAUUGUAGGCUAAUAUUGCGCAAGGAGAACUUUUGCACAAACUCUGGAAACAGUGGCAAAAUCGCGAUACAUUGACCAAAAAAUCGCGAAUAAUAACAAACUUUCAAAACAGUGGCAAAAUCGCGAUACGUUGGCCAAAUUAUUGAUACAUUGGCAAACUCUCAAAAUAGUAGCAAAAUCGCGAAGUUGACAAACUGUCAAAACGAUGGCAAAAUCGCGAUAUAUUGGCAACAACAAGAAUCGAGACGACAGCUGAGUGUGGCUGAGAGCGAUUUGAUCUGUUAUCUCUCUAUAUAUAUUAUAUUUGUGAAAGUCAUCACUUCGGUUGCCUAAAACUUCCGAACUACUUAACUUUCGAAUUUGAAAAAAAAUAACGGUGGUUCAGAAUCAUU